CGUUGAAGCUGAAUCGAGGACGAGCAUAGCAAGCUGAGCUGAGCCGAGCGGAGCCGAGAGUCGCAAUCGUUGAGCAGCCCCCAGACAUUCUGGAAACAACAAGGAAGGUGGGGAGAACGAACUUUCCUCCUCUUGCUCUUCUACCGGUGGAUGCAAGUCGCCUGCGGCGGAGAGGUGUAGGAGGCGAGCGGGAACGACUUCCGAGGCACCCCCACGCUCGAGAAGUUCAUCGUUUUUCUUCGUUGGGGAGUGCCGAAUAGUUUGCAUUUUCUGAAUCUUGUCGAGAAUCAAUUCCGUUCAAACGUUUCUUAAAGGCGUUGGUUUUGUUCGUCUAAUAUUUGGUGACGAACUGUUCUCUUUGCAGCAGAGUUUAGAUUAGAGCCAUGUCGUUCUUCCGCGGCAUUUCUACACUGUCGAAGCUCCGAUCGCAAAUUGCGCAACGUUCAAAUUACGAUCGGUUGGUUCGAUUGCUUCAGACACAGAGUGCUUCUGAACUUGACCUUCAUGCUCAGUUGAAGGAGCUUAUCCCAGAGCAGCAGGAGCGCCUGAAGAAACUGAAAUCUGAACAUGGAAAAGUCCAAUUAGGAAGUAUUACAGUGGAAAUGGCAAUUGGUGGAAUGAGAGGGAUGACAGGACUAUUGUGGGAACCUUCACUACUUGAUCCCGAAGAGGGUAUUCGUUUUAGGGGUCUUUCUAUUCCUGAAUGUCAGAAAGUGUUACCUUCUGCAGUCCCUGGUGGUGAGCCAUUGCCAGAAGGUUUGCUAUGGCUUCUCUUAACUGGAAAGGUACCAACAAAGGAACAAGCAGAUGCAUUAUCCAAAGACUUGCAGAACCGUGCUGUCAUUCCAGAUCAUGUUUAUAAAGCUAUUGAUGCUCUUCCCGUAUCUGCGCAUCCCAUGACACAGUUCGUGACAGGUGUUAUGGCUUUGCAGGUUCAAAGUGAAUUUCAGAAGGCAUAUGAAAAUGGACUUGCAAAGUCCAAAUUCUGGGAACCCACCUAUCAAGAUUGCCUUAACUUGAUUGCUCAAGUUCCAAUUGUAGCUUCCUAUGUAUAUAGAAGGAUAUACAAAGGUGGACAAGUCAUACCUGUCGAUAAAUCAUUAGAUUAUGGUGCCAAUUUUUCACACAUGCUGGGUUUUGAUAGUCCAAAAAUGCAAGAACUGAUCAGGCUAUAUAUCACCAUUCACAGUGAUCAUGAAGGUGGAAAUGUUAGUGCUCAUACUGCUCAUCUGGUAGCUAGUGCCCUCUCAGAUCCAUACCUUGCCUUUGCAGCUUGUCUUAAUGGCUUAGCUGGGCCACUCCAUGGCUUGGCUAAUCAGGAAGUAUUGUUAUGGAUCAAAUCAAUAGUUGAACAACAUGGAGAAAAUAUAUCAAAAGAGCAAUUGACAGAAUACGUGUGGAAAACAUUAAAUAGUGGCAAGGUUGUUCCAGGAUAUGGACAUGGUGUUUUGCGCAAGACUGAUCCAAGAUAUACAUGCCAAAGAGAGUUCGCUUUGAAGCACUUGCCUAAUGAUCCACUCUUUCAACUGGUUUCUAAUCUAUAUGAAGUUGUGCCACCAAUACUAACUCAGCUUGGGAAGGUAAAAAAUCCUUGGCCUAAUGUUGAUGCACAUAGUGGAGUACUUCUCAGUCAUUAUGGUUUAUCUGAAGCGAGAUACUACACAGUUCUGUUUGGUGUCUCAAGAAGCUUAGGAGUUUGUUCCCAGUUGAUUUGGGACCGCGCUCUAGGCUUACCAAUUGAAAGGCCAAAAAGUGUGACAAUGGACUGGCUUGAACGCUUCUGCAAGAAAGCUGCUUAAAGCAAUUGCAAACAAGUUAUUUAUUCCCUUUGAUAAUUUGAUAAUAAAAGAAAGGCAUUGUGCUUGCAAUUAGAAAUUGCAGGUCAAUUUAAUGUAUUUUUCUGCUUUAUUAGGAACAUGUUCACUACUGCAUUGCAGAUUUUUCUCAAAGAUGUCUGCCUUGGAAAUUUUGUAGGAAACUGAUAAAGUCAGUUUUCAUCUGAUGUACUGUUCUACUUUGCUUUGCCAUCUUUCGAAGCUUAUCUUUCUUGCUGGGU